AUGACAGUGGAGUAUUAUAUUGCUGAAGGAAAUUUGUGUGUUCUCUGCUCCCAGUCUGCAGAUCUGAGCCAAGGGCCCUGUGUCGAUGUGGGGCUCUUCCACUAUGUGCUGGAAAGUCACGUUGAAGUGUUCACCAGAAGUCUGUCCUACUCCAAACCCAGUGUGCUCACCUGUAUACCUACCUGUACGCCCAAAGCUCCAAGUCCAGUGUACCCACCUGUAUACCUUCUGGACGCUUACAGCUCCAAGCUCAGUGUACUCACCUGUAUACCUUCUGGACGCCUACAGCUCCAAGCUCAGUGUACGCACCCGUAUACCUUCUGGACGCUUACAGCUCCAAGCAGUGUGAUCACCUGUAAACCUUCUGGACGCCUAAACCCCCAAGCCCAGGAUGUAAGAGAUUAUUCAGAUGAUGUGAGGAUUGUCCUGCUGGGAAAAACUGGAGUUGGGAAGAGUGCAACAGGAAACACAAUCUUAGGGAGAAAAGCAUUUAAAUCAGUCACAUCACAGUGGUCCAUUACUAAAGAGUGUCAGAGAGAAACAGCUGAAGUUAACAGCAGACACAUCACUGUGAUUGAUACUCCAGGACUGUUUGAUACUGAACUGAGUCAUGAAGAGAUUCAAAAAGAAAUGACCAACUGUAUCUCAAUGAUACUGCCAGGACCUCAUGUGUUUAUUAUUGUACUGAGUUUAGCUCAACGCUUUACAAAAGAAGAGGAAGAAUCAGUAAAAAUCAUUCAAGAGACUUUUGGUAAAAACUUUCUGACAUACACUAUAGUGCUCUUCACUAGACGAGAGGAGCUUAAAGAUGAAACCAUUGAAAAGUUUUUGGAAAACUCAAAAUCUCCUUUAAUGAAUCUCAUUGAACAGUGUGGAAACAGAUAUCAUGUGUUUAAUAAUACUGAGACUGGAGAUCACACACAAGUUUAUGUCCUGCUGGACAAAAUAGACACCAUGGUGAAAGCAAAUGGAGGGAGUUAUUACUCAUCUAAAAUAUUCAAAGAGAUGGAGCGAGAAAAACAAGAACAACAAAUAAAGAUUCUGAUGGAGACAAUUGAACAACUGAGCAGAGAGAAAAAAGAGGAGAUUGAGAGAAUGAAUAAGAUGAUGGAGGAAGAAAGACAAAAACAUGAAGUUAAGAAGAAAAACAGAGAAGAGAAAUACAGAGAAAAGAUUAAAGAAAUCGAGACAAAAACACAGAAACAGAUGCAAGAUGAUGAAAGGAGGAGGGAGGAAGAAAAACAAAACUGGAGUGAAAAACAGAAGAUGCUUGAAGAAAAAAUCCAGAAUGAGAAACAUCUGAGAGAAGAAGAAAGUAAAAUUUAUGAAGAUAAAAUUCAGCUGAUUGAACAACAGUGUCAAGAUAAACUCGUUAGAUUAAAAUCAGAGGAGUAUGAAGAAGACAGAAGAAGAGAAAUAGAGAGAAUUAAAAUCUGCUGCUCUCAAACAGACUCAUGUCAUCUGAUAGUUGAACCAAAAAUCAGCAAACAGCUUGAAAAACUCUUCAGUAGAUUAGAUUUGACAAACAGACAACAGGAUCAGAUGAGUACAGAAGACUUUCUAAAUAUCACAAAGUCUUCACUUCAGUCUCUGGAGCCACAGAAAGAAACUGAACUUGUGAACUCAUUCCUACUUAAACUGUUGAACAUGAACUAUAGAGCAAGAGAAACUCACAUAAAACACAGAGAAGAUCAACAAACACCUGCAAACUACAACCCUGAAGUUGACUUUGAUAUUCAUGUGAUGGAUGUUCAGAUGGCUGUGUUUCAUUGUGCUGAUAGUUUCCUAAAGCAGCUGAUGGUCACUAAACUCUCACAGUGUCAGUUUGCUCUUCCUCUGCUUGUUCCUCAUCCAUUCACACAACAGAUUGAGUUUCCUCUCUGGACAUUCAGACAAAUCAACAAGAGCUGGAAGAUGAGAAAUAAUGACAAUGAGAUCAUCAGUAAAGUCCAGCCUGUGUACAAAGCAGAAACUCCAAUGGUGUCGUUCUUCAGGAUUGGUUCUUUGUCUUCAUCAAAGUCUCAGUUGAUAAACAGUUUGAUCAAUGAGAAACACAACACGUUCUUCCACAGAAACUUCUCAGGAAGCAGCAGAACCAGAAUACUGAUGGAUGGAGUGGUGGAGAUCGCCUGGUACUGUCCAUCUGGAAAAAACACAGAUACAUUUACUGACUGUGUUGCCUUCUGUAAUCUUCAUGGUAAUGCAGGAGACAAUCAAAAACAAUAUGAGAUUUUAAGCAGUAUGUCUUCAGUCAAUGUCCUCUUCUUAUCUGAUUUUGGACAGAAGAACCAGGAUAAGGGUUUGGUGAGGUCACUCUUCAGAUCUCCUCAACCUCUUAUUUGUCUUCUCAUAGACAAUGACUGUGAUAAAACUAAACUGACAGAUGAAAAAUUCAUCUUUGGUCUUUUGAACAAAAAUCAAUCUGAUCUAUCUACUGAGAUAAGAGAGACAAUCAGAUUGAAUUUGAAAGAGGACACAAAAACCUUUAAACUGGAAGAUGUGGCCAAACACAGAGGAGUUCAAGUAGAUGAGAAUAAUGAAGAGUGUCAGAGAGGAAAAGAGGCGGCGCUUCAGAUGAUGAGAUUACUGCAUGAGAAAGAUCCAUCAACAGUUAAAGAAACAAAUCUGCCCUGUCAGGGGAAACUGUGGCACGACUGGUGUAAAAAAAACAAAGAGCUUCGUCAUCUAAGAGAAGAAAAUCUAGAGGAAGAUAAAAGCACCAAACUGAAACUCAUGAAAGAAAUAAGAGUAAAGCAAGUGGCACAAGGAUCGAGUGAGUUUAUGAGGAUAUUUUUUAAAGCACUGAAAUCACUGAAAAUCAAAAAGUAUUUUCGGAGAUGGAUGAUAAAUCUGUUGAAUGAGUUCACUUCUAAAAAGCUUUGUGAACUUCAUAAGGAUUAUGAUAUGAGAUGGAAUGAAGUUUCUGCUUUAAAACAAAUGCCAGAUAAACAAGACCAACUGAAAACUGAGCACACAGAGCUCAAGAAAAUAUCAGAACAAAUUGAUAAAACAACCUUUGGCUUGGAGCAUUUUGUUAGAGAGCUUGGUCAGAUCUAUGAAUCAUGGUCAUCUGUAAAGAAAAACAAUUUCUCUGAUCUCCCGAGUCUUGCAGCAGAGAUGAUGAUCUCUGGAUUUCCACUGGAGCUGAUGGAUGGAGAUGCUGCUCAUGUUCCUCUCAUCUGGAUUAAAGCUGUUUUAGAUCAACUCAUCCAGAAUCUGGGAGAUCAGAGAGUUUUUGUGCUGUCAGUUUUAGGGAUUCAGAGCUCUGGUAAAUCCACUUUACUCAAUGCCAUGUUUGGUCUUCAGUUUUCUGUCAGUGCUGGUCGAUGCACCAGAGGAGCUUUCAUGCAGCUGAUCAGAGUAUCAGAGGAGAUGAAACAACAGCUGAAGUUUGAUUUUAUUCUGGUUGUUGAUACUGAAGGUCUUCGUGCACCAGAACUGGAUAGAAGAUCUACAAGAAAUCAUGAUAAUGAAUUAGCCACAUUUGUUGUUGGACUUGGAAAUCUGACAUUGAUCAACAUCUUUGGAGAAAACCCAUCUGAGAUGCAAGAUAUUCUCCAGAUUGUUGUCCAGGCCUUCAUGAGAAUGAAGAAUGUGAGACUGAAUCCCAGCUGUAUGUUUGUACAUCAGAACGUUUCAGACAUCACAGCUGGAGAGAAAAACAUGGAGGGAAGAAGACGACUGCAGGAGACACUGGAUGAGAUAUCAAAACUCGCUGCUAAAGAAGAAAUCUGUGAUUCAGAAUAUUUCAGUGAUGUCAUUGCAUUUGAUGUACAGAAAGAUGUGAAAUAUUUUUCACAGCUGUGGGAGGGAAGUCCACCAAUGGCGCCACCAAACCCAAACUACUGUGAGAAUGUUCUGGAUCUGAAAAAAUCCAUUUUAACACAUGCUUCAGAAUCAAAUGGUAUAAUGCUGUCACACCUAAGAGGACGUAUUGAAGAUCUUUGGGAAGCUUUGCUGAAUGAACAGUUUGUGUUCAGCUUCAGAAAUUCACUGGAAAUCGCAACUUAUAGGAAAAUAGAGACAGAAUACAGCAAGUGGAGCUGGAGUCUUCGAAAUGCAAUGCUGGACAUUGAAAACAAACUACACAACAAAAUAGAAAAUGAAGCAGUUCAUGAAGUUAAAGAAACUGAUCUUCAAAGAGAACUUCAUGUAAAAAGUGAAGAAGUGAAAAAGACAAUGUCUGAAUUCUUUGAGAAAGAUGAAGAUGUAGGAAUACUGAAUCAGUGGAAAACUUCAUUUGAAAUAAAAAUCAAAGAACUUCAAGAAAACAUUGUGAGGGAGACAAAGAAGAAAUUAAAUCAGGUUCUUCAGCAGCGAGACAUGAAGAAAAAGAUUGAUGCUCAGAGGACACAACAUGAAAACAGUCUGUUUGAAAAGAGCAAAGAACUUGCCAUGAAACUAAAAGACAAUGCAAAUGAUGAAAAUAUCAUGAAAAAAGAGUUUGAGUCCUUUUGGAAAGAGCAGAUGUGUGAGAUCAUCAGAAACACUCCUCCAGUUAAUAAGAUUGACAUAUUAAAGGAUGUGACAGAUCUCCUCAGAAACAUCUAUGAAUGUCUCUCUGUAGACCAUAAGAAAAUCAGCAGUGAGUACAUUAAUAUGUUCUGUGUACCAAGCUAUUCAGAUUAUGUACAGUUAAAGAAAUCCAGUGGAGUUAUGGGACCUUUAAAAAAUGUCUACAAAGGAGCUAAAGAGAUACUUGGUCGUGCUUUAUCUCCAGAGGAUGAAGUCCAGAUAAGAAGAUUAAUCACUGAAAUUGCCGAUCAAACAGAUCAAAUGAUUCAGUCAUAUAACAUUGCAAAGAUGGGCUACAACAAUAGUUGCAUUCAAGAACUCAUAUAUUACAUAAAGAAAAAAAUAACAGAUCAUGAAAGAAAGCCAAAUCUGACAUAUUUGGUCAAGAGAGAAUUCUUUAGGGAUUUGGUAGUUUGGAUUUUUCACAAAGCAAACAGGACAUUUACUGAUCAACACAGAUUAUUCAGAGAAGCAAAUGAUCCUGUUCUGUAUUCUGAAAGGAAGAAAGAAGAGUAUUUCGAGAUUUUCCAGAAAUACUAUAAUGGAGCAACAUCAGCUGCCAUUACUGCUGAAUUUAUUUGUAAUAAACUUAAAGAGACCAUUGAGCAGAAUGUCUACAAGAAAACCGCCAUAGAUUUAGCAGAUGAAAUGAAGACAAACUGUGAAUCACUGAAUGGAAACAGAUCAAAUCUGGAGAAACACAUCCUGAAGACACUGGCAAAUAAAGAGGAUUUUAAAGCAUACAUGAACUACAUUAAAAAUCCCAGAGAUCACUUUAAAAGUUUUAUCAGAGGUGAAGUCAGUCAGUACAUCACUGAAAGAUUUCAUGAUAGUGUUCAACCUAAGAUGGUGAAAAACAUUACACAGCUGGAGCAGAAGAUCAUAAACGCAGCACAAGAGUCCACCAAACACAUUCAAGAGAUCAAUGGAGAUCUUCAUUCAUGGUUGACUCAUUUCACACAUCUGCUGUCUGAUGUUCUGGUUUUCUCUGUAAGUGACCUCACUGGAGUAAAUAUUAGUGAUGUUGAUAUCACUGUCCUAGAAGAUGUGAUAAUAAAAGAGAUUCCUUCUGUAAUAUCUGACAUCCGCAGUAAAUUCACAACAUUUCUAGUGAAGCUGAACAACACAGACAGACCAGAUGAGAUUCUGAUUAAUCAUUUAUGUCGGUGCUGUUGGGUUCAAUGUCUUUUCUGUGGAGCCUUCUGCACCAACACCAUAGAAAACCAUGAUAAAGAUCACAGUGUCCCUUUUCAUCGUAAUAUUGGACUGAAUGGGUGGGCUUACAGAGGAACAACAAACCUGUGUAUCAACAUCUGUACAUCAGCAGUAGCCAGUGAUAAAUCAUUUUAUCCAGAUGAAUCAGAUGUUAGGUGCCUGUGGAAGGAAUACAGAAAAGCAGGUCCUGAAUAUGCUCAGUGGAGCAUCACUCCUGAUCUCUCUGAGCUGCCGUACUGGAAAUGGUUUGUGUGCAAAUUUCAGAAGAAUCUGGAAGAGUACUAUAAGAAAACCUAUGAGGGGGACGGCAAAAUUCCAGAUGAAUGGAGAAAAUACUCUAAAGAGGAAGCCAUUGAGAGUUUGAAUAAAUACAUUUAAUGAAACACACAAAGACUUGAGGAUCUUGAUACACAAGACAGUUUAAAAUAAAUUUUUGAAAAUUGAAUAUAGCCACAAAACACUUACAGAUAAAAUGUAAUGAAGUCACUGACCUAUACUUGACAAGAAAUGUUAAAUGACUAUUUCAGAGUAUAUGUUAAAAUAAUAUAAUACUUAUUGGUGUGGUUUCCCAGACAGGGAUUAGACUAGUCCUAGACUAAUAUAAAUGUACGAGCUGUCCAAACUGAAAACAGUUUGAACUGACAUAUCUUAAAAUACAUCAGUGCCCUUUGUUUUGCCUCAAAAUUCACGCCAGUAAUGUUUUUAGUCAAACCAAGGCCUAGUCCUGGUUCAAGAUAAUCCCUGUCCAGGAGACCACCCCAUUUUGAAAAGAAAGUGGCUCAUGUUAAAGUAUCAUAUCUUUAAAACAGUAAUAAAAAAGCAGAAUGUUGUAUACACUGAAUACCAA